AUGAUUGCUCCAAAUAGAUCUGGUAAUGACAUUUUCGAUCGUGAUAUACAACGAGAAACGCACUUCGAUGUUAAUGAAUUACAAACAUUUGUUCGAAUUAAUCUUCCGAUAUUGGUAUUAGAACAACGAACAGCAUAUGAAACAAUUAUAAAUGCAAUAUCUAACAAGAGUUGUGGCUUAUAUUUCUUAGAUGCACCUGCAGGUACUGGCAAAACUUUUCUUAUUUCAAUUAUUCUGGCAACUAUAAGAUCACAAAAUAAUAUUACACUUGCUAUUGCAUCAUCUGGUAUUGCAGCAACUCUUUUGGACGGUGGUCAAACAGCACAUUCAGCAUUGAAAUUGCCAUUGAAUGUGCAGGUAAUUGAAACUCCAACAUGUAAUAUUAGCAAAGAUUCUGGGAUGGGAAAAGUACUAAGAUCAUGUCAGUUUAUAAUAUGGGAUGAAUGCACCAUGGCACACAAGAAAUCAUUAGAAGCACUCAAUCGCACGUUAAAAGAUUUGAGAGGAAAUGAGCAGCUCUUUGGUGGUGCAGUCAUUUUGCUAGCUAGUGAUUUUAGACAAACUCUACCAGUCAUACCCCGUUCAACACCAGCAGAUGAAUUGAAUGCAUGUCUCAAAUCAUCAGUGUUAUGGCGGUAUGUGGAGAAAAUAUCUUUAAAGACCAAUAUGCGUAUUCAAUUACAACAAGAUGAAUCUUCUGAACGAUUUACAAAACAAUUGUUAGAUAUUGGGAAUGGUACAAUAGAAGUGGACCAAUCCACACACUGUAUAGCAUUACCAGAAAACUUUUGUCAUAUUGUAAAAUCCACUGAUGAAUUGAUUGCGAAAGUGUUUCCAAAUUUAUCGCAGAAUUAA